AUGCCCGCAUCCCAGUCCCAGCCCCAGUCCCAGGAGCCCACAUACCCUCCUCCUCCACAUGAAUCCUCACAGCACCCGUCCUCUUCCCAGUUCCCCUCAGCCUCUUCCACCUCGCCCACUCCCACCCCGCCCGCCUCCCACUCGCCCACUCGCCCCCCGCCCGCUUCCCAUUCGCCCACUCCCCCCCCGCCCGCUUCCCCUUUGCCCUCCGAGGCGCAUCAAUCACAGCAGCACCAGCAGCAACAACAGCUCCAGCAGCUGCAGCAACAAAUCCAGCAACAGCACCAACAAAUACAGCAACAGCAACAACAAAUACAGCAACAGCAACAACAAAUACAGCAACAGCACAAGCAAAUACAGCAACAGCACCAGCAAAUACAGCAACAGCACUAG